CAUUCCUUGACUCAAUCACUAGAUCCCAUCCUCCGUCCAUCCCUCCUUCUCUCCAUCCACCCCUCCGUCCGUGCGCCUGUCCUUUCAUCAUGCAGUGGUUGUCUGUCUGCAGCCUGUUGGUGCUGUUGAGUGUGUCCGCCCGGUCUCAGGCUCAGAACCAGAUCUGUACCAUCUUCACUGAGGCCAAGGAAGAUGGAUUCAAAUCUUUGAUCCUUGUAGGGCUGUCUCAGAAUCUUCCCGAUAGUACGUUGGGUGACUUGGUGCCUCUCAUCGCGGAGGCCUUAGCCAUGGGCGUCAAAUGCUGCUCAGACGCUCCUCCAGAGGACUGCGAAAGAGAUGUGGCGGACCUGUUCCAGAGCGCGGUGUGUUCCUCUGAGACCCUGGUAGAGAAGAACCAUCUGAAGAUGUGCUGUGAGAAGACUGUCGCUGAGAGGACACACUGCUUCGUGGACCACAAGGCCAAGAUUCCUCGGGACCUGUCCAUCAAAGCUGAGCUGCCCGCUGCAGACCAAUGUGAAGACUUCAAGAAGGACCACAAGGCUUUUGUUGGGAGGUUCAUCUUCAAGUUCUCCAAGAGCCACCCGAUGCUCCCCCCACAUGUGAUCCUGGCUAUCGCCAAAGGUUAUGGAGGGGUUCUGACUACCUGUUGUGGAGAGGCUGAGGCCCAGACCUGCUUCGACACCAAGAAAGCUACUUUCCAACACGCCGUCUCGAAACGCGUGGUUGAACUCAAGUCCCUGUGCAUCGUCCACAAGAAAUACGGAGACCGCGUUGUCAAGGCCAAGAAGCUGAUCCAGUACAGUCAGAAGAUGCCUCAGGCCUCUUUCCAGGAGAUGGGAGGCAUGGUAGACAAGAUCGUAGCGACUGUUGCCCCCUGCUGCAGCGGAGACAUGGUCACAUGCAUGAAGGAGAGGAAGGCCCUGGUGGAUGAGGUGUGUGCUGAUGAGAGUGUGUUGUCUCGCGCGGCGGGUCUGUCUGCAUGCUGUAAGGAGGAUGCAGUCCACAGGGGGUCAUGUGUUGAGGCCAUGAAGCCAGACGCUAAGCCAGACGGUCUGUCUGAGCACUACGACGUUCACGCUGACAUAGCAGCAGUCUGCCAGACCUUUACCAAGACCCCGGAUGUAGCCAUGGGGAAGUUGGUCUAUGAGAUCUCAGUGCGUCACCCUGAGUCGUCUCAACAGGUGAUCCUGAGGUUUGCCAAGGUGGCUGAGCAGGCCUUGCUCCAGUGCUGCGACAAGGAGGACCACGCAGACUGUGUCAAAACCUCUCUGGCAGGCAGUGAGGUUGAUCAGAAGAUCACUGAUGAGAUUGACUACUUCAAGAAGAUGUGUGCUGUUGAGAAUGCCAUGAGCGAUGACAGCUUUGAGAAGAGUAUGAUGGUGUACUACACCAGGAUAAUGCCCCAGGCCUCCUUCGAGCAGCUCCACAUGGUGUCAGAGACAGUGCAUGAUGUCCUCCAUGCCUGCUGCAAGGACGAGCCGGGCCACUUCGUCCUGCCGUGCGCAGAGGAGAAGCUGACCGACGCCAUCGACGCGACAUGUGACGACUACGACCCCUCCAGCAUUAACCCCCACAUCGCCCACUGCUGUAACCAGUCCUAUUCCACGAGGAGACCCUGCAUCCUGGCCAUCCAGCCUGACACAGAGUUCAUGCCCCCGAAGCUGGAGGCCAGCAGCUUCCACAUGGGCCCCGAGCUCUGCACCAAGGACAGCAAGGAGCUGCUGCUCUCUGGGAAGAAACUACUGUAUGGUGUGGUCAGACAUAAGACCACCAUCACUGAGGAUCAUCUGAAGACCAUCUCUACUAAAUAUCACAGCAUGAAGGAGAAGUGCUGUGCUGCUGAGGACCAAGCAGCAUGCUUCACUGAGGAGGUAAACACUCACCGCUCCACACUCAUCACAUGUUCAAACCCUUUCAUCUCUAUUGUGGAAAAGAUCACUCAAAGCACCAUAUUACCUUAAGACUGUUGGUGUGACUGUUUCCGUUCAGAUACCUCUUUCCCCUUCCAAUCAUGUUUCAUUAAGAGAGGUGGUACAGAACAGUAAAGGGGAAACAUCAUGUUUCAUUAAGAGAGGUGGUACAGAACAGUAAAGGGGAAACAUCAUGUUUCAUUAAGAGAGGUGGUACAGAACAGUAAAGGGGACACAUCAUGUUUCAUUAAGAGAGGUGGUACAGAACAGUAAAGGGGAAACAUCAUGUUUCAUUUAGAGAGGUGGUACAGAACAGUAAAGGGGAAACAUCAUGUUUCAUUUAGAGAGGUGGUACAGAACAGUAAAGGGGGAACAUCAUGUUUCAUUAAGAGAGGUGGUACAGAACAGUAAAGGGGAUACAUCAUGUUUCAUUAAGAGAGGUGGUACAGAACAGUAAAGGGGGAACAUCAUGUUUCAUUAAGAGAGGUGGUACAGAACAGUAAAGGGGAAACAUCACGUUUCAUUUAGAGAGUUGGUACAGAACAGUAAAGGGGAAACAUCACGUUUCAUUAAGAGAGGUGGUACAGAACAGUAAAGGGGACACAUCAUGUUUCAUUAAGAGAGGUGGUACAGAACAGUAAAGGGGAUACAUCAUGUUUCAUUAAGAGAGGUGGUACAGAACAGUAAAGGGGAAACAUCAUGUUUCAUUAAGAGAGGUGGUACAGAACAGUAAAGGGGAUACAUCAUGUUUCAUUAAGAGAGGUGGUACAGAACAGUAAAGGGGAUACAUCAUGUUUCAUUAAGAGAGGUGGUACAGAACAGUAAAGGGGAAACAUCACGUUUCAUUAAGAGAGGUGGUACAGAACAGUAAAGGGGAAACAUCAUGUUUCAUUAAGAGAGGUGGUAGAGAACAGUAAAGGGGAAACAUCAUGUUUCAUUAAGAGAGGUGGUACAGAACAGUAAAGGGGAAACAUCAUGUUUCAUUAAGAGAGGUGGUACAGAACAGUAAAGGGGAAACAUCAUGUUUCAUUAAGAGAGGUGGUACAGAACAGUAAAGGGGAAACAUCACGUUUCAUUAAGAGAGGUGGUACAGAACAGUAAAGGGGAUACAUCAUGUUUCAUUAAGAGAGGUGGUACAGAACAGUAAAGGGGGAACAUCAUGUUUCAUUAAGAGAGGUGGUACAGAACAGUAAAGGGGAAACAUCAUGUUUCAUUAAGAGAGGUGGUACAGAACAGUAAAGGGGAUACAUCAUGUUUCAUUAAGAGAGGUGGUACAGAACAGUAAAGGGGACACAUCAUGUUUCAUUAAGAGAGGUGGUACAGAACAGUAAAGGGGAACAUCAUGUUUCAUUAAGAGAGGUGGUACAGAACAGUAAAGGGGGAACAUCAUGUUUCAUUAAGAGAGGUGGUAGAGAACAGUAAAGGGGAUACAUCAUGUUUCAUUAAGAGAGGUGGUACAGAACAGUAAAGGGGAACAUCAUGUUUCAUUAAGAGAGGUGGUAGAGAACAGUAAAGGGGAUACAUCAUGUUUCAUUAAGAGAGGUGGUACAGAACAGUAAAGGGGAACAUCAUGUUUCAUUAAGAGAGGUGGUAGAGAACAGUAAAGGGGAUACAUCAUGUUUCAUUAAGAGAGGUGGUACAGAACAGUAAAGGGGAACAUCAUGUUUCAUUAAGAGAGGUGGUACAGAACAGUAAAGGGGAACAUCAUGUUUCAUUAAGAGAGGUGGUAGAGAACAGUAAAGGGGAUACAUCAUGUUUCAUUAAGAGAGGUGGUACAGAACAGUAAAGGGGGAACAUCAUGUUUCAUUAAGAGAGGUGGUACAGAACAGUAAAGGGGAAACAUCAUGUUUCAUUAAGAGAGGUGGUACAGAACAGUAAAGGGGAAACAUCAUGUUUCAUUAAGAGAGGUGGUACAGAACAGUAAAGGGGAAACAUCAUGUUUCAUUAAGAGAGGUGGUACAGAACAGUAAAGGGGAAACAUCAUGUUUCAUUAAGAGAGGUGGUACAGAACAGUAAAGGGGAAACAUCAUGUUUCAUUUAGAGAGGUGGUACAGAACAGUAAAGGGGAAACAUCACGUUUCAUUAAGAGAGGUGGUACAGAACAGUAAAGGGGAAACAUCAUGUUUCAUUAAGAGAGGUGGUACAGAACAGUAAAGGGGAAACAUCAUGUUUCAUUAAGAGAGGUGGUACAGAACAGUAAAGGGGAAACAUCCUGUUUCAUUUAGAGAGGUGGUACAGAACAGUAAAGGGGAAACAUCAUGUUUCAUUAAGAGAGGUGGUACAGAACAGUAAAGGGGAAACAUCAUGUUUCAUUAAGAGAGGUGGUACAGAACAGUAAAGGGGAAACAUCAUGUUUCAUUAAGAGAGGUGGUACAGAACAGUAAAGGGGAAACAUCAUGUUUCAUUAAGAGAGGUGGUACAGAACAGUAAAGGGGAAACAUCAUGUUUCAUUAAGAGAGGUGGUACAGAACAGUAAAGGGGAAACAUCACGUUUCAUUAAGAGAGGUGGUACAGAACAGUAAAGGGGAUACAUCAUGUUUCAUUAAGAGAGGUGGUACAGAACAGUAAAGGGGAAACAUCAUGUUUCAUUAAGAGAGGUGGUACAGAACAGUAAAGGGGAAACAUCAUGUUUCAUUAAGAGAGGUGGUACAGAACAGUAAAGGGGAAACAUCACGUUUCAUUAAGAGAGGUGGUACAGAACAGUAAAGGGGAUACAUCAUGUUUCAUUAAGAGAGGUGGUACAGAACAGUAAAGGGGAAACAUCAUGUUUCAUUAAGAGAGGUGGUACAGAACAGUAAAGGGGAAACAUCAUGUUUCAUUAAGAGAGGUGGUACAGAACAGUAAAGGGGAAACAUCAUGUUUCAUUAAGAGAGGUGGUACAGAACUGUAAAGGGAAAACAUUCAUUGAUUCUAACAACUGAUCGCCUUGGUUUCUCCUACAGGCACCCAAGCUGGUUUCUGAGAGUGCAGAGCUGGUCAAGGUUUAAGACAGAAGUUUGAUGAUUUUAAUUUCAAAAGAUGAACUGAUGAUUUAAAAAAUAAAAAAAGAAGGCUCUGUCUGUAUCGAUCCAUCUACCUCCCCAGCCUACAUUUACACCACGGUGACCUCAUCCUCCUACCCGCAACGCCUUGUCAUCCACUCAUAAGUCUGUCCUAUCAGUGAUCUGUGAUUGACUCAUAUGCCUUACAGCCUGUCCUCAUCAAACCUCUAUCUGGGAUGAAUCACACCACUGGUUCAUUACUGAGAGACAUGAAUGACUCCUGUCAAUCAAAUACAUGAAUAACUGAAUAAAGUCCUGUCUACCAACUGCA